GUUUCAUUCAACAGUCAUCUACCCAGAGUCCGAGCUACCUGCAUUCGCACCUCAGCAUCUUAUGCAUCUAGAGACUGAGCGACCGCUGUGUCUGUAUUCCUCUGUCUUACGCGCCCUCGACGUAGAGUGAUCACGCAUGCAUUUCGGCAAGACAUACGCCCAGCUUCUUCUGGACCUUCCCCCAGAGCUGAGGGACAAUGCGAUCCAGUACAGGCAGCUCAAGAAGCUCAUCAAUCAAGUCGUGCGCGAGCUAACAGCGCUCGGCCUCAGUCCGCAGGUCCUGCACGAGUUGCUCGACGAUCACGAUAGCUCCGAAAACGACAAGGGGAAGCAGCGCGCCGAGCCCAGCCCCAUCCCAGAAGGCGAGGGGGACCCAUGCGUCCCGCGCGUCGUCUACGAAUUCAAUCACACCUCCGGCAAGAUCGAGCCCAGGUUGCGCCUCCGCGUCGGCGCGUCGCUCCCUCAUCUGGCACCCACGCUGUACCGGCUCCGUAGCAGCGUCAGCGGCAACAUACACACAGACGAUGAGCCCACCAUCGAGGACGCGGAAGAAGCGGACUCGGGCGCGGGUCCGUCCAUGAACGUGCUUCAUGACAUGCGGCGAUCGAGCACGGAUGCAAGCACAUCUAGCGCCGUGGAAGAGAUCAGUACUGCCGAUCAUGUGUCCCCCGAUUCAGUGGAGGACGAGGAGAUCAUCAUACCCCUACCAUCGGACGAAGCUUUCUUCGCGCUGCUAUUCACUGCCCUUCAAUCCCUCUCCACGCACUUGGAGUCUCUGAAGGCCGACUUCGCGCACUCCCUACGAGAUCUGGCUCGCAGUAUCAGUGAUACUGCCCGGCCCGUCAGCAGCACGAAUCCUAAGUUCACCCCACAUUCUUCUGCUGAGCAUCCCGGCGUACUUCACGUCUCGGCUGCCAAGAACGCUUCAGAUCUAUAUACUUGGCGAUCUAUCUUCCAGCUAUACGUUGAAGCUGAGAUCUUCGAGUCCCAAGGCGAGCGCAAUCGUGGCGAAAGGGACAUCCAGAAGGCCGAAGAACGGCUGAAGCUGUUCGCGGACCAAAUCGCCAAGCAAGGCCUUGCCGACCCCUCGAAGCUCAAAUUGACGCAGUCGCGCGAGGCCCUCCAACGCUUCCUCGAGCUGAAUGCCGUUAUCCUCAACGUGAAGAAGCUGCAGUAUGCUAACGCCGAGGCCCUGCGCAAAAUCCUCAAGAAGCACGCCAAACGGACGGCGCUGCCGCUCGACAAUCGUGACCUGGCGUCGCAGAAAUUCGGGCUCAUACUGGCUUCUGCGCCAGCAGACGCCGACGGCGGUCACGGCGCGCUGAUGCGCCAGAACCAGGCGGUGAUCAUCGACCUCCUGCAGAGCAGCCCGUCCGCGAACUCGCUCGCGCACCUCCUUGUUCAGUCGAUGACGGAGACGCUGCUGCCCAUCAUCCCACACCUGGAGGACUACUCGUGCCUCAUCUGCACCGACGUCGCAUUCAAGCCCAUUCGGUUGGCGUGCGGACACCUCUUCUGCGUCCGGUGCCUCGUCAAGAUGCAGAAGCGCGGGAAGGGGCAGUGCCCGAUGUGCCGCGCGAACGUGGUGCUGCAGGCGGACCGAUCGAAUGUGGAUUGGGCCCUCAUCAACUUCAUUGAGGAUUGGUUUCCGGUGGAGGCUCGGAAGAAGUUACGGGCGAAUGAGAAGGAGGCGGCGGAGGAGCAGUUGGAGGAGUUGGGCCUAACGCCCGAGGAUGUGAGGUGUGUAGUUAUGUGAGGCUGAGAAGUCUCUUGAUUUGUCUUGUUCGCUCGCGCGUCGCGGGAUAUACCAUAGUAUAUGUGUAAUGGUCUUGCUAUACCGGAUGUAAUAUGGGUUUCCGUGUUUUCUCUCUUUGGGUGUGGGCGCCAGUGCCACCGUAUCAA